AAUCAAGGCCAGCCCUGGUCGGCCUCUGACGGUGAGCUCUAGGAUUUCCUGGCAGGCGGGGUGUAGUUUGGUCGCCUUGACCACCGGAGGGAGAAACCUCAGGGACGGGAAGCUGUGUCCUGAAGUAACAAACCACCACCUGGCCUUGCUCUCUCUCUCUCUCUCUCCCUGACCUGGGGAUUCCGGGAGCAUGCUUGCCCAGAGCCCUAGAGGUGCACCCCCGCCAACACCACACCUUACUAUUCUAAAUACGUAUCUCCAGCCAAAGUUGCUAACGAGGUUGGAGAAACGGGUAAAAAGGAAGACAGUGGUGGCGAUGAAGGAGCUGAGCCAGCAAAUCCAAGAAACUAAAUGCCGGCGGGAAGGGCUGCUGAAAGACAGCCGGCAGCUACUAGAGGAAAAAUACCGCGUGCAGGCUGAAAACCGGCUUUUCAUGGAAUACCUGCGUAAAAAUAAGGAACAGUCCAAGGACCAGGAGGCACACUUCCAGUUCCUGCGGGAAAAGGCACUGAUGGAGAAGGAGCUGCAAGAAUGGCAGCUGCUGGAGCUGGGGCAGAUCAACACCGCGGGGCUUACGAGGAAGUACAAGGCCUUGGCGCUAGCAGCCAAGCAGGCUCAUUCUGAGUUCUGUGGCAGCCUCCACAGGGAGAACCAGCAGCUACGCACGGAGCUUCAGCAACUGGGCCAGGAGUAUGGCAGGUUGGAUGCUGUGAGGAGCCAGCUGGAAAAGCGCCAGCAGCUGGUGAAGGAGCAGCAGUGGUACCUAGAAGCCUUGACCAGAGGGCGGCAGCGGCUGCAGGCACAACGCGAGCGCCAUCACCGUGGUCAGCACCCAUGCCUCAAGGAACAGAGAGCUUCAAAGACCAUGCUGAGCACCAAAUCAAGAACAAGUUCAAAGUAACAGCUACUGCAACUGAAUUGGAGCACAGAGAAGAAGCUGCAAUCCGAAAAGUAUCCUUCGUGGAGAAUAGAAACACACUUUCAAGAAGGGCAGCCAGGGGUUGUGCUCCUAGCCUGGGACCCACAUCCUCCCGUCUGCGUCCCUGGGGCUGUUGUAGAUUCCGGAGAUUUAGAACAGUUGGGAAACUUUUUAAUGGGCUAUACCACCCAUUUUUAUAGCAGCAUUUGAAACUCUCAGAGUACCUACUUAGGACAUGUGUUUUACCACAUUUAUUUUUUUGUCUUAGUGUGUACUCUGCCAUCCACAAAGUCCAGUGUAUAGCUUAUAUGCUCUAUGUAUUCUGGGCCGUUUAAAGCAAAUAGGAAUCUUAUUUUAAAUCGUAGGGGUUUGUUUGUUUAGAGGCAUUGCAUGUUUGCAUUUGUGAGGGAUUGUUUUGUUGAACUGAGGUUUCUGGUCUGGAAGAAUAGUCUUAUAUUGGGGUGAUGCCCUGCAUGGGGGAAAAAAACAUAGCCAGCUUCAUGUUUCUCAGAAACUAUUGGCAAUGAAAACUUCAAGAUAACUGUUCAGAAUUCUCAGCUUUAUUUAUAUGUAAAAUAGGUUCUUUUAAAAUAGGAUUAAAAGGUGAAUUAGCUUUUCAAUGCGCCUUAUCAUCUACUUUUAACAUUGCUGGUGAAUAUAUAUAUACUUUGCCAUUAAACAGGGUUGCUAAAAACAAAAUUUACCUGUAAUUAGUUCUUAAUACAGCCCCCUGAUUUAUAAAUGUUAUAAAAAUACUAUACGCCUCAAUAUUUUGGGAUACUAUUGCCACCCAUUUGAAGUGACAGAACAUGCAUUCGAUGAGGUACAAGAGGCAAAUAAC